UUGCUCGGUUCAACAAAAAAUUAUUGAUGAUUUUUGGAGUCCUAUCUGCAAAUUCAAACAAUAUUAUAUUCAUGCUUUUUGGAGUCCUAUUUCAAAUCUCUUAAUAUUGUUUUGAUGGAUAGGUACAUCCCCUGUAUUAUAAAACUAUAUGAUUGUCAACCUUACUAUUUGUGGACAUUUAUUCGUACCCACUACUUAAAUGGAACCUUACCACAACAGCAAUACCUUAUCCCAAAAACAGAAUGGAAGAAUUUAAAAUCAAUCUCUUAGUAUUUAUCACAUUUGCAAUCCUGCUAUGGUCCAUUUCAAAAUGGCUCCUGAAACCUUCCGGAAGCAAGAACCGACCGCCAUCGCCGCAGGCGCUGCCGGUGCUCGGAAACCUCCACCAGCUGAGCCUCCUGCCCCACCGCGAUUUCCUCACCCUGUCAAAGAAACACGGGCCGUUCAUGCUACUCCACUUCGGCCGCGUGCCGGUCCUGGUGGCCUCCUCGGCGGAUGCAGCGAGCGAGAUCAUGAAAAACCACGACAUCUCCUUUGCAGACAGGCCCUUGUACAAAGCUCACAGGAAGAUCCUGUACAACGGCCGCGACGUCGUGUUCGCCCCGUACGGCGAGUACUGGCGGCAGGCCAGGGGAAACUUCGUGCUGAAGCUGCUGAGCAACAAGAGAGUUCAAUCUUUCCGGCCCAUCAGGGAGGAGGAGACGGCUCUCCUGGUGAGGAAGAUUCGAGAAUCUUCGGGAGCGGUGAAUCUGAGCCACAUGUUUUUCAAAUUUACUUAUGACGGGGUGUGUAGGUCGGCUUUUGGGCGGACAUACAGCGAGUCGGAGAAGGGGAGCAAGUUCCUGGUGCUGAUGACGGAGAUGACGGAGGCGUUGGGCGCGAUUAGCAUCGGAGAAUUCAUCCCCUGGCUGCGUUGGGUCGAUCGCAUCACUGGUUUUGAUAAGAAGGUGGAGAGGAUUGCGAAUGGUUUGGAUGGAGUGCUGGAGAGUGUGAUUCAGGAGCGGUUGGAGAAUCUGCAGGUGGAAUCUAAUUUCGAGGAGAAAAGUGAAGUGGAUUUUCUUGAUAUCUUGCUUCAAAUUUACAGUGAGGGUGGUGAUGUUUCGGGCAAUAGGGAUACCAUCAAAGCAAUAAUUCUGGAUGUGUUUGGUGCGGGGACUGAUACCUCGGCCGUGGUGCUGGAAUGGACGAUGACUGAACUCCUACGACAUCCAACGGCGAUGCAAAAACUGCAAGACGAAGUGAGAGGAAUCAUUGGACAAAAACGAGACCUUACAGAAGAUGACAUUGACAAAAUGCAUUACUUGAAAGCCGUGAUCAAAGAAUCUCUCCGCUUGCACCCGCCGUUUCCCCUUCUCCUUCCCAGAGUAGCGACCCGAGAUGUGAAGGUAAAGGGCUACGAUGUCGUUGCAGGGACAGUCGUGAUGGUUAGCGUUUGGGCCAUAGGAAGGGACCCCGAGCUGUGGGACGAACCACAAGAGUUUAUGCCAGAGAGAUUCUUAAAUUCUUCCAUAGAUUUUAAGGGUCUUGAUUUUGAGCUGAUACCGUUUGGUGCCGGGAGAAGAGGCUGCCCGGGGAUUACGUAUUCCAUAACCAUAAUCGAGUUCUUGGUGGCCAAUCUUGUGGCCAAAUUUGACUGGGAAUUGCCUGAUGGAGUAAAAGGAAAAGAUCUGGACAUGAAUGAGGGCCCUGGGAUUACUGCGCAUAGGGUUGUUCCUCUUCAUGCAGUUGCUACUGUGAUUUCUUAGUUUGUAUUCUGAUGCAUGUGUUUUUGUUUGAAUCUUGGUCAAAUUUGUAUUUAUGGUUUGUUGGGUAUAAAUUGUUUCAAUGUCAAAGGGUGUUGUUUUAAUUAGGACUUGUCCAAUGUGAACCAUAUGAAGUAAAUAAAAACUUUUUUCUAAUAUAGAUUUUAGGAAA